UUUGGGGGAAAAUAUGUCUUUCCAAACUAGAUGGUUGUUAAUGCAUUCAAAUUUUCAGGAGAAGUUAAAGCUAUAAUAAACAACAAACCCGCUGAUUUAUUUUUAUUUUGUUGCGUUUCCACUUUAAUUAGCUUCUUUCACUCAUGUGUCUUACCCAGACAUAAAUUCAGGAGGACUUGGGAUACAUAUCCUAAUUCUUCUCAAACUAAAUACGGUGGAGAUUCUACAUAUUUCUUCAGACACCAGAAUCCAUUUAGAAAAACGUAUAUGAUUAAUUUGGCUUUAACAUUAAAAAACCGUACUUAUGUAUAUUGUUGAAUGGUAAGCAAUGUCUAGGAACAUCCCAAAAUUACGGAGACAAGAUAUAUUCUAACAAGAUUUACAAUAAGACCAGAAAUUAAUUUCUAUGCAUUCUCAGAGGUGAUUUUAAAUUAUUUUUGAAGUUAUAUUAAAACAUUUCAAAAUAUACAUUAUCUUAAACUAUCGCAAUUAACGAAAUAUCGAUUUGUAAAAACGAAAAUAGAGCGUCAUAAUUUUAACGUUUGGAAAUCAAAAGCAACUGAAUGACAGGAGUUGCCAGGCCCUCGGGCAGUGGGUGAAUCCUCUGAGAGUCUGGGGAUGAAACCGGUAGGGGAAGGGUGGACGCGUCUCUCCAUUUCCUCCCAGACCUUGGUGGCAACCAUGUGAAAGGGACUUUAAUCGGAAACCCUGAGCCGCAAAUCUCAUUUCCUGCCUCCCUCUUCCCCUCCCCCUUGCUCAUCUCCCCCAUUUCUCCGAGUUCACUUUCCCAGACUCUCUUCCCACUGGGCAGCUCUCUCCGCAGCCCCCGGGAGCAUGCGUGCGCCUUUGGCAUCUCCUUGGACGUCACUCCCGUCCCCUACCCCACAAAAAACAAAAAAGAACGAGCACAGACUCCCGGACACGCACGACAGCUACAGCAGGAGCCCGGGAGUAGAGGCCCCGAGCGGGCUGGCCCCGAGCUAGGUGGCGUGGGCGCAGGUACUCAGAGUGGCGCCCGCGGCGGCCCAGGAUCCUAGGGAAGGUCCCGCUCUGUGCGGGAAUUGAGUGUUAGCUCUCAGGGCGCUCUGCAGGAAGGCCCCGGUCUCAAAAGCCUCCUAAUCCGAAACUGCAUGGCGCCAUAAAAAGAAUAACAAUUUUUUUUCAACUAGAAUGAGACAUUCCAACUUCCCCAACCCCACCUUCGCCCCCUUCACAUCUUGUCUUCAGUUUCCCGUCACCCCAAGGGCUCAGAUCAAGCUUCCCCUCCGUUCCUAGUUCUUUCGGAGAGGCGGUGACCGGCCUAGCUGAUGGCAGGAGCGUGGGAGCCGGCGCGGGAGCGAGGGAAGGCGGGGCGGGUACGUGUGUCUUUAUAAAAGUGCGGGUGCUGCGCUGCGAGGUGACCUGUCAGCACCGCGCCCGGGAAGCGGGGCUCCGCCGGGGUCCUCACCCUUGCCCGCCGCUUAUGGAUUUCUAAAUAAGUUCUCCUUCUGUCUCUCUCGCUCUCUCUCCACUUUCUUUAUAAAGAGGGGGGAAAAUCACCUUGCGCACCUCUAGGUUUGUUUUUUUUCUUCUGUCUUUCAGGAUUCUUGGCGGAGAGCCCGAGCGAGGUGGCGCAGAUGCCGGCGGAAGCGGGGCGCAGGGCGGACUGUGUGUGCUCCUACGGGAUGAAGCUCAGUUGGGACAUCAACGACCCGCAGAUGCCUCAGGAGCCAGCCCACUUUGACCACUUCUGCGAGUGGCCGGAUGGCUACGUGCGCUUCAUCUAUCGCAGCGACGAGAAGAAGGCGCAGCGCCACCUGAGUGGAUGGGCCAUGCGCAACACCAACAACCACAACGGCCACAUCCUCAAGAAGUCGUGCCUGGGCGUGGUGGUGUGUGCGCGGGCCUGCAUGCUGCCCGACGGCUCCCGCCUGCAGCUGCGGCCGGCCAUCUGCGACAAGGCGCGGCUGAAGCAGCAGAGUGAGCGCGCGCGUGGGUGUGGGCCCCUGGUGGGUGGCCUUGCAGCCAUGAGUUCCCUAUUCCCAGUGAAUUUCCCCUUUCUGGGGUCGGGGUUGUUAUUAAUAUUUCUCCCCUCUGGCUUUGCAGAGAAAGCAUGCCCCAACUGUCAUUCUGCUUUGGAACUGAUUCCCUGUCGAGGGCACAGCGGGUACCCUGUGACCAACUUCUGGCGGCUUGAGGGCAACGCCAUAUUUUUCCAAGCUAAGGGAGUUCACGAUCACCCAAGACCAGAGAGUAAAUCAGAGACGGAAGCUAGAAGAAGUGCCCUCAAGAGACAAAUGGCCUCUUUUUACCAACCUCAGAAAAAGAGAAUUCGAGAACUGGAGGCAGGAGUGAAUCCAAACAACAGUGGACAUUUCAACAGCAUACCUCCCCUGGAAAAUCCAGAAGAGUUUGAUAUGAUUACUGACACUGGUUUCCCUGCUCCAGGGCAGCCUGGCUUUUCCUUUCCAAACUCUGAUGCUUACAAAGCCACUUGUGACCUCACCACCUUUCAAGGAGACAUAAUGCCACCCUUACAGAAACAUCCAAAGCCAAGAAUCUAUUUGCCUAGGCCACCCUGCAGCUAUGAAUUGGCAGGCCCUGGUUCCACAAAUUCGAGCCCAUAUGCCACCCUUUAUAAAGAUUCCAGCAGUAUCCCUACUGACACAGACUGGGUUCACCUGAAUGCAUUACAUUAUAAUGUCAACUCAUACAGCAACUUCGAGAGGAGCUUUGAUUUCACCAGUAAACAACAUGGCUGGAAACCAGCUCUUGGAAAACCUGGCCUUGGAGAGAGGACUGACCAUGGACAGUUCCCGGCCGUGGCCGCUCGCCCUUGUUAUAACCCGGAGCUCCCCUGCAGGUACCUCACAUCUCCCCCACCAGGUGCUCCAGCCCUGCAGACCGUGAUCACCACCACCACCAAAGUGUCCUACCAGGCCUACCAGCCCCCUGCUCUGAAAUACUGUGACAGCGUGCGGGAAGUUAGCCUUUCGAGCUGUAACUAUGCUUCUGAAAACCCCCCAAUGUCCAUCUACCCAGAAGCCCUGGACCUUCCAGCUGCAGUCACCAGGGCAACCUCUCCAGCAGGGCCAGUGCCUUUGAAAAUUCCAGGAGAUUGCAGGGCCAUCAGACCCACUUUGGCUUUUCCUCAAGAGUCAGCUCCCUCCAGGACAGACGGAGCAGAGACUUGGGAAGCGUGUCCGUCUGGACUGGGGUCCACAAUCAGUUAUUCAGAUGCGGGUAGUCCAUUCUUUAGCUAUGACAAUGACGACUUUUGAACAACAGUCCUGGGUGCAACGUAAUAUUGAUGUCCAUGCAGGCAGUGAAACAUGAAUUGGCAGCUGUCUCUUGAUGAGUUGGGAGAUUUAUCUCGUAUGCACAGAAAUACUCAUAUAACAAAUAGUAAAAAUGAGGAAAUUAUGGCUUGGAAAUUUUUCGAUAGUAUAAGGAAAUUUCGCACAGCAUUUUAACGGACACUGCAGCACAUAGAAUUAGGUCUGGAAUGUGACUGUCCCAAAUGAACAAAUAAAUAAACUGGAGACCAUGAAGGCUCAUGAGCUAAGUCCAUUUAGCUUGUCAGCUCGAGAAGAAGUCAAGAAUCCUGGUUCUCAUUCUAACCUUUUCCCACUAGACCAUAUUAGGGAGUUUCACAGAUUUUUAUUUGGCUCUUAGAAAUUAUCAAAAUAGCUUCAGGAAGAAAUCUUUACAUU